AGUGGGAGCGCAAAAACAGCGACAACAGUUUCUGCUAGCAGGCGCUUUCAGUCGGAGACUCAAGCAGGCUUUCUUGAGUCAGAGCGAAAACUUGCCUGCGUUUGUUUCGUCUGACAAGCGGGACGUUUUGCCAGGAUCUAGAAAUAGUCGUGUCGUGGCAAUCGCACACCCAUUGAAACUAUGUAGAGAUGGAGCUCAUGAAACUGAUCGGAACUGUUUUGGCAGUUGUUUUCCAUCCCUGUUGCGCAUCAAGCGCGUUCGGUGCAGAUCACAGGAUAUGCCGGAGAGGGACAGAGAAGCCCUGCUAUAAGAUCACAAGCUUUCAGGACAGCAGGCUCAGAGCAAGCUUUGAGGCAGCCAGACAGAAAUGCAAGGAGGACGAUGGAGAGCUGCUCAGUAUUGAGACCGAGAACGAGCAGCGUCUGGUGGAGAGAUUUGUUCAGGAGCACAGGGCCUCUGGUGGAGACUUCUGGAUUGGGCUGCGAAGGAGCUCGCAAUAUAAUGCUGAUUGUUCAUCACAGUAUUACUGGUUGGAUUACAGUCAGGCCACAUUCAGGAACUGGCUGGUGGCAGAGCCCUCGUGUGGCCUUGAUCAGUGUGUGGCGUUAUUCUACAGGCCCUCAUCUUCUGCUGGCUGGAAGGAGCACAACCUGUUCAAGUGGAUUGACUACAAUUGCAAUUCUAAGAAUAAUUUCAUCUGCAAGUACUCAGAUGAGAAGCAUCCUGUCCCCACUCCAGCAGGAAAUAUCACUACAUUCACAGGUGUUAAUGACCAGACUCUGGUGCCAAAGCACCUGCCCAUUACAGUGGACAAUGACAGGAUAAAAACUGAACUCUCUGAGUCAUCAGUUUCUAUUUCAGAUGACACUAAUAUUUACUACAUCCUCCUCGCCACUCUGCCUGUAAUGCUGCUGUUGAUUUUGGUGGUGUCAGGGGUUUUCUGUUUCAGAGUUAUGUCAAGGAGGAGAAAAGAACAGAAUGAAAUCUACGCCGUGCCAGGACAGUGGGUGCGUCCGUUAGCUCCAAAAAGUCAGAAUGAUUAUGAAUGCACCAAUAAAUUCACCCAGUCUGGAGCUCAUUUGGAGUACAUGAGCUCUGAAAUUAACAGAACAUUUAGUAUGACAUCCGCAAACACUCAUUUUGAGGACUACGAGAACGUCCCGAGCCGCCCCACGCAGUGCGGGUUUGUCACGAACGACAUCUACGAGACCUGCCGGAGCUCCUCGGCGGUCGAGGCCGGAUGGGUAGACAAUGACAUCUACGGAUACUAAAACGCUAUACAGUGACUGGUAAAGCCUCUCGCGCUCAUGUUUGAUCUCAUCUCCAGUCUGUAUGUCUACUCUUUGAUGUGACCCAGUGGGGGUCCAAUGCAGGGGCGUACAUUCCCAUAACUGACUGUACAAAGAAGCAUAAAGGUGUCAUCGGCUUGUGAGCACUUCCUCUGUGGAAGCUGGCAUCCUGGAACAGGACCUUCCAUUUGGAAAUUCACAAAACAGUGCGCUGACCUCUCAGCCCAUCUCAACAACAUCCGUCUGUGUCUCUGAGAAUGGCCUCUCUAAAGGAUACCUACUGUCGUUCCCUGGUUUUUAAAAGCUGUGGAGUUGCUUUGUAAGGUCUUUUGUGUAAAAACAGAAUUAAAGGACUUGUACGUAAACAUUGUUGUAACAUAUUGAAUGUAUUUUGCUUUUGGGUAUCAAAUUGUGAUUUUGCUGUACUUGGAUUGUAAAUGAUAUGUUGUCUGUUCUUAUAAUAAUAAUAAUAAUAAUAUCUUUGUCAGAUUAUUUGUACUUAUUCUUAAGCACAGAAUAGCUUUAGAUGUUUUUGUGUUUAAUGAACACUCCUGGAAAACCUGGAAAUGUCCAGAAAAGCAGGCCUGGAAAGGGAGAAUGUACAUUUUAUGGUGAAUACACAUGCUUAACUAAUUGGUAAGAACUUGAGUGCAGUCUGACCUUGAAGCAAUGUAACCCUAACAAACUAUUUAAUUGUAUGUGAUAAAAAUAAACGUUUUUUAAAACCUCA